AUGGACAACAAACCUCCUCCACAGGAGUUACCGCCCGGUGAUUUGUCCAGUUAUUCUUCUGUUCCUCAAUGCGAUGCAUCCGAAACCCCGAUUUCUUGCGAUAGCCGUGGUACGGCCUCUCAUGAAUCUUGUAUGUUCAGCCAACAGGCUCUUGACAUAACAUGUAUUACUCGAUGCGAUGCAUCCCAUACUCAAAUUUCAUGUGAUUCUCCAAUGGACACUUCGGAGCCCAUUGGUGAGAAUUCUCCUUCGGCGGAGACUGAUUUCAGUCAGCUACCGGAAUCUGUUACAGGUACUACAGCUGGUGAUCCACUCUCGGACAAUCAGCCGUCGACUCCGCCUGCGAGUCAGUCAGCGGACGACUCCCGUGCACAGGAUCUUCAAGCGACCGAAGUUUCUGAGUCGUCCAAGGAUUCUUCCUCUUCUGCGUUUCGCUCGCCACAGACGGCUAGCGCGCAGGACCUUCCACACCUCUCGGAAGAGCAACCCUUAGCGAGCAUGACCGCCUCGAUGGAACAGCUGAGUGUGACGGCACCCGCACCAUCCCCUCCUCAGAUUUCUUCUCGGGUUAGGAAUAGUCCGUCGCUUCUUGCCAAUGCACCCCAUGGAAGGUAUCCCUCGGUGCCCCUCGCGAUCUCCUUACCCCUUCCUGCCGAUCGCGACUGGUUCGCAGACCGCCUGGGACAAUUCAGUAACUAUCACACUGACCCGGCGUCCUCCACGACCAAGCUCGGCAAAAUUUGCACGCUGCUUGCUCGGCCCUUGCCGCCGUGA